AUGAAGAUUCAAAAUGUUGUUUUAAAACUAAUCAAACCAUGUGUAAUAGAAAGUACAUUUCUGGAUGAUGUACUUAAAGAAGUAACUUUAAUCCAAUCUUUUCGCCAUAUUAAUAUAAUGUCUAUUAUUGGGGUUGUUCCUUACGAAGACACUGUUGGUAUUGUAAUGGAAUUGGCUGCUUGUGAUCUUGAAAAGUACAUUUAUCUUCAGCUUCCAAAAGUGCUCGAAACUAUAGACCACUCCACUUUUGGCAAAUUAAAUAUUUUCCUCCAAUGUUGUAAAGGUAUUCAGUGGGUUCAUGACAAGUUCAAUAUUGCACAUAACAACUUGAAGCCCACCAAUUUCCUUCUUACUCCAAAUGGUGUAAUUAAAAUAUCUGAUUUUAAUUUGGCUCGAGAGGGCAAAUCUGAUAUUAAAAGUUGUGAAGGAACACCUUUAUAUUCUGCUCCAGAGACUUUUGAGAAAGAUGGGAAAACACAUGGAAAAGAAGUGGAUGUAUACUCAAUGGGUGUUGUUUUAUGGGAGAUGUUAUAUGAGAAAAAGCCUUUUAAUGAGUAUUACAACUCUUCAAUGGGUGCAAUCAAUUUUUAUGCUGCAAUAUAG